CUGCAGAAUCUGUUGGCGCUCUACAAAUAACCAAUAAUAAUAAUAAAACAUUUUGGGUUUCAUGUCCCUUUAAAUUACACUGUUUUUCACAUUUUGUUUUAAACUAACUUUUAAAAAGAUACCAUGUAAAGAGUGAUUGAUUUAUUUCUAUUACUUUUUUUUCCCAGGUGUAAACAAUGCUAAAAUUUUAUGUAAAAUGGAACAAACAGAGGCUCAGUGGCUAGCAAAUAUGCCAGAAACUGCAAAGCAGGAAAUAUGUGACAAUAUAAAUACAGGUGUAAACAAUGAUAACAUUUUAUGUAAAACGGAACAAACAGAAGCUCAGUGGCUAGCAAAUAUGCCAGAAGCUACAAAGCAGGAAAUAUGUGACAAUAUAAAUACAGGUGUAAACAAUGAUAACAUUUUAUGUAACACGGAACAAACAGAGGCUCAGUGGCUAGCAAAUAUGCCAGAAGCUACAAAGCAGGAAAUAUGUGACAAUAUAAAUACAGUUGUAAACGAUGCUAAAAUUUUAUGUAAAACGGAACAAACAGAAGCUCAGUGGCUAGCAAAUUUGCCAGAAGCUGCAAAGCAGGAAAUAUGUGACAAUAUAAAUACAGGUGUAAACGAUGCUAAAAUUUUAUGUAACACGGAACAAACAGAGGCUCAGUGGCUAGCAAAUAUGCCAGAAACUGCAAAGCAGGAAAUAUGUGACAAUAUAAAUACAGGUUUAAACGAUGCUAAAAUAUUAUGUAACACGGAACAAACAGAAGCUCAGUGGCUAGCAAAUAUGCCAGAAGCUACAAAUCAGGAAAUAUGUGACAAUAUAAAUACAGGUGAAUUCACAAACUGCAAGAAUCUUAGUCAUGAUCAGAGUGCAGAUGCUUCUUUACAUCUUCAAAAUCAAAGAAGCCAAGUGGGAAAUGUAUGUUCUGAAUGUGGGAAAUGUUUUCUUAAGAAAUCACAUCUUUCUAAACCUCAGAAAAUUCAUACAGGAGAAAAGCCAUUUUCCUGUUCUAUAUGUGCGAAAUGUUUAAACUAUAACACAAAUCGUAUUGCUCAUCAGAGAAUUCACACAGGAGAGAAAGCAUUUUCAUGUUCUGACUGUAGGAAAUGUUUUACUCAGAAAUCAAAUCUUGUUAGGCAUCAGAAAACUCAUACAGGAGGGAAAGCAUUUUCAUGUUCUGACUGUGGGAAAUGUUUUACUCGGAAAUCAAAGCUUAUUGCACAUCUGAAAAUUCAUACAGGAGAGAAAGCAUUUUCAUGUUCUGACUGUGGGAAAUGUUUUAUUUGGAAAUCAAAGCUUAUUGAACAUCAGAAAAUUCAUACAGGAGAGAAAGCAUUUUCAUGUUCUGACUGUGGGAAAUGUUUUGCUAUGAAAUCAAAUUUUACUAAACAUCAGAAAGUUCAUACAGGAGAGAAAGCAUUUUCAUGUUCUGACUGUGGGAAAUGGUUUUCUAAGAAAUCACAUUUUAUUGAUCAUCAGAGAAUUCACACAGGAGAGAAAGCAUUUUCAUGUUCUGACUGUAGGAAAUGUUUUACUCAGAAAUCAAAUCUUGUUAGGCAUCAGAAAACUCAUACAGGACAGAAAGCAUUUUCAUGUUCUGACUGUGGGAAAUGUUUUACUCGGAAAUCAAAGCUUAUUGCACAUCUGAAAAUUCAUACAGGAGAGAAAGCAUUUUCAUGUUCUGACUGUGGGAAAUGUUUUACUAUGAAACCAAAACUUAUUAGGCAUCAGAAAACUCAUUCAAAGAAAUCAGUUUAACCUCCUGGUACAGAGGGUGACAUGUAGUUGUCACUCACACAAUAUCAAGUGCUGAUGAUGACUGCAUGUGACCCCCUGAUGUGCACAGUUUUGCACUUGUUUGAGGCCCCUUUUUCACCUCAAGCAUUUAUGAGGUGAGCCCAGGGUGGAUUUGAUUUAAAUCAAUUUGAUUUAAUUCAUGAUUUAGGAGAGAAGAAAACAGAGGCGCCCAAUGGCCUAAUACCAUAUACACAGAGUUAAUACAGGUAAGCAAAGUGGAUACUCACAAACGGAUAGCACCUGAGGGUGCAAACAGAGCAGACUGGAACGUCACAGGAUAUGAGAUAUACAUAUAUAAAAGAAUUACUAUGCUAAUCAUAAUCAUGCAAUGAUAAAGCUUUACGAAAAAUAUAUAAAGACAAAUAAUAAAAUUAAAUUGGAGAUGUUAAUCUUAAAGUCAUUUACAAUUGUAUUACAUAUAUGAUUCAGGAAACACCAUUAUUUUUGCUAAGGUCCCUUUAAGGAUUAACCAGAUAAACUAGAGAUUUCAAUCAAUGACAUGAAUAAAGAGGACAAAGAA